UAAAUACACAUGUCCAUCCUCGCAUAACUUGUCUGAUAGUGAAAAGUCUCGUGCUGUUAGAAAACAUGCGUGCGUUUUUUCUAAACCUGUUCCUAGCCGUAACCUGCACGAAUGGUGCCCGAAUUUUGGGAUACAUACCGACGCCGUCCUACAGUCACCAAGUUCCAUUUCAAGCACUUUGGCGAGAACUCUCUCUGCGCGGUCAUCAGGUAACGACGAUAACCUCGCAUCCGAUCAACGAUCACACUCUGACGAACCUGACCGAGAUCGACCUGAGCCCGAUGCUCCAAAGUGGUACGUCCUUCAACCCGAUGGAGAUCGCCCUAUUAGGUGUGAUCGGCGGAUUCCGGAUGUUCUUCGAGCAAAUGGUCGACGUGCUCGGCGCGGAGCUCGCGUACGAUCCGGUAUUGGACCUCAUUAACGGCGACGGUCGCUUCGAUCUGGUCAUCGGGGAGCACCAUUUCGCAACUCCCUUCGCGUUUGCGCACAGAUUCGGCUGCCCGUCGAUUGGGGUGAUAUCGAUAGAGGGCUGGAGUGCCCACUACGGGUUGGUUGGAAGUCCUAACCAUCCCAUCUUGUAUCCGGAGUUCUGGAGCGCUUGGGACGAUCGGCUCUCGAUCGUGCAGCACGUCGAGAACUUUAUACUUUACUUUUGGACGCGGAUGCACCUUAUGGAUUACAUGCUUGAAAUGGAUAAACAGCUCAUAGACAAGCACUUCGGGUCGGAUUACCCAAGUCCACAGGCGUUGAUGCAAAACGUAAGCUUGCUCUUUGUUAACUCUGAGCCAGUUUUCAACCCUCUCAGAGCGUUGAUGCCAUCCGUCAUACAAAUCGGCACAGCACUUGCUCUGACUGCAUCAAAACCACUUCCAAAGGAGUUAAAAGCAACUUUGGACAACGCAUCCAACGGUUUUAUCUACUUUAGCCUGGGGUCAAACGUACAAAGCGAAAUGUUACCUCCCGAACUUCUAGACGUAUUCCUUUCCGUUUUCGCCGAGCUUCCUUACACGGUGCUGUGGAAAUUUGGCUCGGACAUUUUGCCAAAUAAAACCGAUAACAUCAUCAUUUCGAAGUGGUUCCCGCAACCGGAAGUGUUGAAACAUCCCAACAUUAAGCUCUUUAUAACGCAGGGAGGAGUGCAGUCUCUGGGCGAGGCGGUCAGCGCACACGUGCCGAUCGUCGGCGUUCCUUUUCUGGUCGACCAGCCGUACAACGUUAAGAAUUUGGAGCGUAAAGGCUGCGGGUUGAUGCUCGACUACAGAAACCUUGACCGGGAACAAUUUAAGCUCGCUAUUUUGGAGGUUAUCAAUAAUCCCAGGUAUCGAAAUACGAUGAAGAGGCUAUCCGAGCUAGCACUGGAUCAACCGAUGACGGGAGUUGAGAAGGCAGUGUGGUGGGUUGAGUACGUACUACGUCACAAAGGCGCUAAACACCUUAAGAGCCCAUUUUUGGACUUACCUUGGUACCAGUAUUUGCUACUAGAUGUCAUUGGCGUUGUGGUACUGACACUUUGUGCCAUUGUACUCUCGCUGCGAUAUACCAUUAGGAUAAUUGGGAAAAUUGUUUAAUGUUUCAGCAAAUACGAAACCCGCUAACUGAGUAUUUACCAAUUGGAAGUGUGACACUAACCAACCAUAUUCAGAUUCAAUUAAAAAUAAACUUACACGUUUCAAUAUCGAAUAAAGGUCGUUUUUCGUUCGUUGAAGAAUGGUUUUAAAGGGUCUAAAAGCAGCUAAAGUACCUUAAAGUGUUCUCCUCCCUUCUCGCAUUGCUAAAGGCACAAGAUCAGCAAUCUGCACGAGCUGAGGAAGCAGCAUGACACAGCGAAGAGUUGGUGAGGUACUUCCUCCAAUGAAUGAACGGUUAAUCAAAACAUACAAGGUAACAUCACAUUGAUAAUCAACUCCCACGUGAAUACACAAAUUAAUACUCAAUAAAAUAAAGGGCUAACCAUCUGGAGAUAGAAACAAACGUGAGGUUCAGCAACGGUACUCAAAACAAAAGCUUGGGACACGCCGAGAAGGCUUAAAGUAGAUAUCGAGACGUCUCAAAAAGAGCACGAACAAGCUCAAAGAAAACAAUUAAAGAGCAGCUUGAAAGAAAAAAGAUUCAAAGAAGGAGCUCUGAUGGUUAGAAGCAGGCGUCAACAAGGCUAGAAAAAAGAGUAAAACAGUCGCGGAGAAACGUCUGAAAGAAGCGUCGGACGGAGUCGAAGGGAAAGCAAAGAAGG